GAGGAGGAGGAGGAACUGAGCGCAUCGCCGUCUCUGCUCCUCAUUUGCCUCUCCAGCUCCCUGACAGGAGCCGGUGCCAACAGGAGGCUUAAUUGGAGGCUCUAGUGUGGAGGAGGGUGGAUCAUCAGAGCGCAGCGAUGACGGGCAAAUCAGUGAAAGACGUUGACAGAUACCAGACGGUGCUCAACUCUCUGCUGGCGCUGGAGGAGAACAAAUACUGCGCCGACUGCGAAUCUAAAGGUCCAAGAUGGGCUUCCUGGAAUUUGGGAAUCUUCAUUUGCAUUCGCUGCGCUGGGAUUCAUCGAAAUCUGGGGGUCCACAUCUCAAAGGUCAAGUCUGUCAACUUGGAUCAGUGGACACAGGAGCAGGUCCAGUGUGUUCAAGAGAUGGGAAACGCUAAGGCCAAACGUCUCUAUGAGGCCUUUUUACCCGAAUGCUUCCAACGGCCUGAGACGGACCAAGCCGCAGAGAUCUUCAUCAGGGACAAAUAUGAUAAAAAGAAAUAUAUGGAUAAGGUUAUUGACAUCCAGAUGCUUAGGAAAGAAAAAAGUUGUGACAACAUCCCCAAGGAACCUGUUGUGUUUGAGAAAAUGAAACCGAAAAAAGACAUCAGUCCGAAAACAGACUCCCAGGCUGUUUCAGACCUACUUGGACUCGAUGCUCCUACUCCGAGUCCUGCGGUACAUAAUGGUGGAGGAUGUGUUCCCGACAGUAAUGAGAGCCCGGCGAUGUCUAAUCCAGCUCAGGCACAAGCCGCUCUGGAUCUCUUUGGCUCUCUGCCAGCCCCCUCCUCAGCGCCCUCGACCAAAACUAUGGUACCUGCAGCCAGCUCCUUGCCUCAAAGCAGGGUCACCGCCUCAGUGCCUGAAAACCUCAGCUUAUUCACGGAUCCAAAACCCAAAUCGGAGCAAGGCACGGUAAAGAAGCUGUCCAAGGACUCUAUUCUCUCCCUCUAUUCUUCCACCCCUUCCCUGCAUGCCAGCAGUAUGGCUCCACACGCUGGCUUGUACAUGAACCGAAUGGGAUUCCCAACACACCCGUAUGGUCCAUAUCAUAGUUUAGCCCAGGCUGGGGGAAUGGGAGGAGCCAUGAUGGCGCCACAAAUGGCAAUGAUGGGUCAGCAGCCGAGUUUGAUGGGGGUUCACCAGAACAGCAUGAUUGGAGCACAGCAGAACUGCAUGGCGGGAGAGCAGAAUGGAUUAAUGGCUGCUCAGGGUGUCAUGGCUCAGCCAAGCGGUGUUGUAGCAACACCUUACGUGACGGGGAUGAGCCAGGGAAUGAUGGGACAGCAGCAAAGCGGAAUGCUCUUACAUCAGCAGAAUGGAGGAUUAGGUCCACAGCAGAGUGGCAUGAUGGGACAACAGCAGGUUGGCGGCGUGGCCUCAUUACCUCAUCAGCAAGUGUUUGGAGUGCAACAUGCCGGCCAGCAGCUUCAGUGGAACAUGGCUCAGAUGACUCAGCAGGUAGCCGGCAUGAAUCUCUACGGCACCAACGGGAUGGCAGGGUACGGCAGCCAGCACACAGGAAGUUCAGCUGCUCCCAGUUCAGCGCACAUGACGGCCCACGUCUGGAAGUGAUUUUAUAAAUCCAAACACCAGAGGAACAUCUUUAAGACGAGAGGAAAUGGAGGAACUAGGAACAACAUCAAACAUUUUCAGAAGCAAGAGAAUAGGAGGAGAAGGAGGCAGUUGUGAAGAAGAAUUGAGAAACGACUACUACCUCUCUGUCUCUCCUCUCUCCCUAAGUUUCCUCUCUUAAUCUCAUUCAUAGCCAUGCUCUAUAAAUUUCCAUGUUUGCCUUCAGGACAUUUUGGUAUCAAGACAAACAGGGUUCAGACCAUUGCUUAGAUAAAUCUUUUUUUGUAUCCCAUCAUUAUAUGGUAGUAUCUACAUAUCCAUACACCCUUAUUCAGUUGGUUUAAAGUAGCUGCUUUAGGCUUAGGAAAAUGUUUUCAAAUGUUCUUUUUCUCUACUAAAUUUGAGUGCAGAGAUUAGCCUAGUCUAAAUAAUUCACAGAGAGAAUUUACUGAGACAAAACAAAGCCAAGAUAAGGCACCUUAUUGUAUUUAUUUGUAAAGCUAUGCACCAUGAGGGUUUGAUGACACUCAUUCUGACGCUACAUUUCAGCCAGGAAGACGUUUAAAGGGGCAACCACAAGAAAAUAUAUUACGAAACUGAGUAGAACCUCCUAUUGAAAGUAGUUUUACACAUGAAUAUAAAGCUGCUGAAAGUAAACAAAAAUAACUGAGCUAAUAUUUCCCCUCCAGAAUAUUACAAAUGGUUAAACAGGCUAAAACAAGCUAUGCUAGUUUCCUCUUUGCAGUAGCAAACCAGUUUGCUUAAUACUUAUAGUUACCAUGUGACAAAAACUAAUAUCCGUUUUGUUAAAUUCCACAAUUGACUCCAAAUUCAAUGAUUUUUAAUGCUGAAGUCAUAUACUUAAAGUACAUUUUUUAAUUAUUUCUAUAUGAGCAGCCAAGAAUU